CUUUGCUUUGCUUUGAGUUGUUACCAAAAACAAAACCCAUCUCUCUUCUUCUCUUCCCUCAUCUUCUUUGCACUUGAUCUCUUCUUGUUAAAACAACCCCCCAAAGUUGGCGCUUCCUUAGCUGUGUUGCAUAUUUUGUUUUCUUUUUCUGUUGCAUGGAUGGAUCCUUCUACCAGACAACACCAGGAGAUGGCUAACCCUUCAAUGGAAAACAUGUCGGUUAACUCAAAAGGACAACAAGCGAGAAAGCCAAGACCUCAACAUGAACAAGCACUCAAGUGCCCAAGAUGUGAUUCCAUCAACACCAAAUUUUGUUAUUACAACAACUACAGCCUUUCUCAGCCAAGGUAUUUUUGCAAGUCAUGCAGGAGGUACUGGACCAAAGGAGGCACAUUGAGAAAUGUUCCGGUGGGCGGUGGGUGCAGGAAGAACAAAAGAUCAUCAUCGUCGUCGUCAUCGUCAUCAUCAUCAAAGAGAAGCCAAGAUCAACCGUUAUUAACAUCCACUACUAACCCACUCAUUGCUGGUCACCUCCCACCUUUGAAUUACGACACCAAUGACCUAAGCCUGGCCUUUGCUCGGCUCCAAAAACAGUCCGGUUUCCCUUUAGGGUUUGAUGAUUUUGGAAACCCUAGCCUUAACGGUUGUACCAGUAGUACUUCACCACCCAAUCCUGCCAUUGUUGAUGCACUAAGAAGCAGUUUCCUUGGAAACCAGAACAGCUUGCAGAAUUUUUACUAUGGGUUUGGAAAUGAGAACAUGGGGGAGGUUGAAGAUAUGGGGUUUAACGGGGAACUUAUGGUACCAUAUCAUAAUGAAGAAAUGAGUAACGCAAGUACAGUUACAACAAUGAAGAAAGAGCUUUCCAUUGCCGACUUUGAUUCUGGAAGAGGAACCUGGAAUGGCUUCAAUUCAUCUUGGCAUGGACUUCUCAAUAGCCCUCUAAUGUAGUAAAAAGAAAAGAAGAAGAAAAAAGAAAAAGAAAAAGACUUGGUCUUCUGUUCCUUGUUCUUGUCUUUUGUUAAUGUCUGAAAGCAGCAUAUUUCAGUAGCUGUUAAUCUGUUUUUUUGUGUUAGGAGAUUUGAUUCAUCGGAAUCAUCAGUGUUUUCCCCUUCUUCUCUUUUAUUUUCUUUUUCUUUUUCUUUAAAAAAAAUUGCCAUUUUCGUUCUA